GAAUAGAAAGGGGAAUCCCGAUUGAGCAACACAACCGGCUAUAUUUAAAGCAGCACUACACUGUGCACAGGAGCAGCAUUUACAGCGUGGUUACGAUGCAAAACUAUUUGGUGUUCUAUUCGGUACUGGUUCUGAUACCAGAAGCCCUUCUCACACCACCUACAUACCGGUGGAAUGGUGUCACGUGUCAGCAGUGUCCUCCCGGCACCUUUGUGAAACAGCACUGUACGAGGGAAAAGGAGACUCAGUGUGAGGCUUGUCCAGCCUUGUAUUACACGCAGUACUGGAACUACCUGGAUAAGUGCAGGUACUGCAAUGUCUUCUGUGCGGAGAAACAAAUCGAGACGCAGCAGUGCAAUGCCACUCACAACAGGGCGUGCGAGUGCGAGUCAGGGUAUUACCUGGACUUUGAAUUCUGCACGAGGCAUUCUCCCUGCCCACCUGGAUCUGGCGUCGUCAAAAACGGAACACCAUAUCAUGACGUAAAAUGUGCUAUCUGUGAAGAAGGCUAUUUCUCAUCAAAGAGCUCCAGCACACAGCCAUGCCAGAAACACAGGGAAUGUGGAGAGGGCCUGCUAGUGUUGCUUCAUGGGAGUGAGAGCCAUGACACUUUGUGCACUACCUGCGAUAAAUAUGAGACAAACAACGGGACGGUUGAAGAUACUGCAGGAAACAGGGACUGCAACACGGCUGUGGUGCAGUUUGUGGCUUGUCAGAAUAUUCACCCAAAGAAGCUAAGGCGGCUGUUUCACUUGACCAGAGACUAUGUGAAGAGUGAGGUGGAAGAGAAAGGGCAGCUCAGUCAGAAGCAUUUGAUGUCCCUGCUCUCUAGUAUUGAACAAAAUCUAAAAGGAACACCAUUCAUUAAUGCAAUCCUCCCAGUGCUAGAAAAGGCAAGGUUGCACAACAUAGUAAAAAAAGUGAGGGGGCGCUUUCUCAAUUAAAUAAAUAUUUACAUAACUGUCUGGUAUUGAAGAAGUAUGUAUUCAAAAUAUUGGAAAGCAGUUUCUGUUCUUCAUUGUCGUGAAUGAUGCUCCAUAUUCAAAUUAUGGAUUUCCCUUUUUUUUUCCCCUUUUUUUUUCAACAAAUGAGAAAAUAAAUAUGAUAAACAAACUGACGGAUUGUGUUUAUAUCCCCUUCAGUAAGAAAAGAGCAAA